UCAUGACUUGACAUGGUGCAAGGGGAGGGGGACGAUGGACAAAAUAGGACCAGGGUGGGGGGUACACCCCCCACCAACAAAAUUAGUUUAGGGGCACUAUCCACUGAUUUGUACUGCUUCAGGAGAAAGUGCAUAGCAGAGGCUGUAAUUUGGGCUAAGAUAAGAAAAAGUGAGAAGAGAAGAAUGGGGAAAAGAAGGGCAAAGGAGAUCAAAAAAGAACAGAAGAAAGGGAGAAGAGUGAUGAGAAAAGAGAGAAGAGGAAGACAUAUGAAGAGGAUAUAUGUGAGAAAGAAACGCGGAACAGACCUAGAAUAUCAAGACAUAAUGGGAGCAUUUUUAGACAAGCCAAAGAUGGAAAAACAUAAUGCCCAGGGGCAGGGUAAUGGGUUGCGAUAUGGGCUAAGCAGCAUGCAAGGUUGGCGAGUUGAAAUGGAGGAUGCACAUACGGCUGUGAUCGGUUUGCCAAGUGGACUUGAAACAUGGUCAUUCUUUGCUGUGUAUGAUGGGCAUGCUGGUUCUCAGGUUGCCAAAUACUGCUGUGAGCAUUUGCUAGAUCACAUCACCAAUAACCAGGAUUUUAAAGGGUCUGCAGGAGCACCUUCUGUGGAAAAUGUAAAGAAUGGAAUCAGAACAGGUUUUCUGGAGAUUGAUGAACACAUGAGAGUUAUGUCAGAGAAGAAACAUGGUGCAGAUAGAAGUGGGUCAACAGCUGUGGGUGUCUUAAUUUCUCCUCAACAUACUUAUUUCAUUAACUGUGGAGACUCGAGAGGUUUACUUUGUAGGAACAGGAAAGUUCACUUCUUCACACAAGAUCACAAACCAAGUAAUCCGCUGGAAAAAGAACGAAUUCAGAAUGCAGGUGGUUCUGUAAUGAUUCAGCGUGUGAAUGGCUCUCUGGCUGUAUCGAGGGCCCUUGGGGACUUUGAUUACAAAUGUGUCCAUGGAAAAGGUCCUACAGAGCAGCUUGUCUCACCAGAGCCUGAAGUCCAUGAUAUUGAAAGAUCUGAAGAAGAUGAUCAGUUCAUUAUCCUUGCAUGUGAUGGUAUUUGGGAUGUUAUGGGAAAUGAAGAGCUCUGUGAUUUUGUAAGAUCCAGACUUGAAGUCACUGAUGACCUUGAGAAAGUUUGCAAUGAAGUAGUCGACACCUGUUUGUAUAAGGGAAGUCGAGACAACAUGAGUGUGAUAUUGAUCUGUUUUCCAAAUGCACCCAAAGUAUCACCAGAAGCAGUGAAGAAGGAGGCAGAAUUGGACAAGUACCUGGAAAGCAGAGUAGAAGAAAUCAUAAAGAAGCAGGGGGAAGGCGUCCCUGACUUAGUCCAUGUGAUGCGCACAUUAGCAAGUGAGAACAUCCCCAGCCUCCCACCGGGGGGUGAAUUGGCAAGCAAGCGGAACGUAAUUGAAGCCGUUUACAAUAGACUGAAUCCUUACAAAAAUGAUGACACUGAUUCUACAUCGACUGAUGAUAUGUGGUAAAACUGCUCAUCUAGCCAUGGAGUUUACCUUCACCUCCAAAGGAGAGUACAGCUCAACUUCCUUGAACCUUUUAAACAUCCCUCCUCAACUUUAAAGAAGGACAUGUGUCAUGGGUGAGAGUGGAUCACACCAGAGAACUUCAGCAGUACAACAGCUAGCCCAGAACUGAUUUUUUUUUUUUGUAAAUUUGAGACUUAUGUAAACGUGAUUUCAAACCAUAAUUCAUGUUGUAAAUCAGACUCCAGCAAUUUUUGUUGUAUGAUUUUGUUUUUUGUAAAGUGUAAUUGUCCUUGUACAAAAUGCUCAUAUUUAAUUAUGAACUGCUUUAAAUCACUAUCAGAGUUACAAAAAAAUGUUUGGCUUGUUGUGUGAUGCAACAGAUAUAUAGCCCUUUCAAGUCAUGUUGUGUUUGGACUUGGGGUUGGGACAGGGAGAACAGCAGCCAUGUCAGCUAGGCACUCAAAUGUGUACAUGAUUAAGGAGAAGAAUUCCCAAAUCUUACAAAGCCGGACAUCCAGGGAGUUAACUGAAAACUGUCUUCAUGUUUUGGCAGUGGGGUUGGCACUGUUGAUAAAGCUGGUCCCUUCAUUUAACUGUCGUCUAGGUUGUUCUCUCCUUGUUGCCAGGAGUAUUGCAGGUAAUACAGUGUAUUCAUAAGAAUAUCAAUCUUGGGGCUGAAAUGCCUUGAUUCUUUGCACCUCUUUUCCGAGUCCUUACAUUGAAUUACUAAUUGAUAAGCAGCAGCUUCCUACAUAUAGUAGGAGACUGCCACAUUUUUGCUAUCAUGAUUGGCUGGGCCUGCUGCUGUUCCUAGUAAGGUAUUCUGAAUUCCAUUUUAUCAAUAAAGCUUGAUUUAACAAACAAGAAAUUUAAUCAUGUAUGUGUAAUUCCUCCUUUACCCCGCCCUUUUAAAACACCAUGCCAUUGUAAGUGAGAAGUUUCUCGUGGGGAAAGAUGUUUGUCUCUUUUAAUUGGGAAAUAAUGUUACUCACGGCACAGAUGGAACUGUUUCCCUUCCAUUAGAAAGACUAAAAGAUUUAAAUCUCUGUUGUUUCUUAAUCUGUUUUUUAAUGGGUUUCUUUCUGGCUGCUUAUUUUUCAUUCUAUGUGUAUCAGCUUGAAUUUGCCUACUGUUUAAUUAAAAUAAUUGUCAGAGCUUGACAAUCUAACACUCUAUAGUAGGGGUGUGCGUGUGUGUGGGUGGGCGUGCGCGUGUGUGCACGUGCGUGUGUUUGCCUGUGAUUUUUAAUGGACUCAUGUCUUUAGAAUCCAAGUAGUUAAGAUGUAUUUGUGAUUUGAAAUAGAGCAUGUUGCUAAUAUUUAGCUGUUGGCCUUUAAAAAUAACAUUCGAAGCUUAAGGAAUUGUAGAUAUAAAAAUAACCUAAUUUAAUUUAGGCUUAAAUUCCUCUGAUUAAGCAUGUGAAAGUAAGUUUUAAAAUCUGUCACGUUGAAAAGACUACUGUUUUGUGCCCUUCUGUAUUUUUGUCUCUUUAGGUUGAAUAUUGUAUUUAUUGCCGUGUAAUUUAAUCAUUCAGUAGGCAGAUUCCCCACUAGAAAUUAUUAAAAUGUAAGAUUACAAUACAACAUUGAAUACAAAAUCAAAACUCUGUGUAUAAAAGGUAGUAUAAUCAACUUUGUUACAUUUGUUUUUUCCCUAACUUGGAAAUAUACAUAUUUGUAUAUAUAGCCUUAAAACUAAUGUAAAGUUAGGGGAGUAGUGGGAAAAGUAAUGUGAAAUGUCUCAGAUUUAAGUAGUUACAUACCAGCAAAACCUUUUCAUUAUCCCCCUUAUUUGUGAGGCGAUUAAAUGUAAUUUAAUUGUAUUUAAUUUAUAUCUCAAUCCAGCAUGAAUGAAGAAAAACAAGUACUAUUUAUAUUUAGAAAUUCAUAAGUUGGAAUUACAGAACCAAUUCCAUACUUACAAAUAAAUGCUCAGUGUCUAAAUCUGUGGUAGAGCGCGAAGUAUGAUAAUGUUCUAAGUUAUGGCUUUGCAAGCAUCUCAGUGUGCAUUUAAUGAAUACAAUGCUUCUAGUAUAGAGUGAUUACCAGACAUACUAGUACUGAAAACUAAAUUCCUAUUAUAAGAAGCCAGGUUCUUAAUUUUUUAAGUAGACUGAAUUUUUUAGUUCUAGAAAUUGCAAAACUUCGAAUUGGAUUUUGAUCUGCAAAAUCAUAAAUCACAAGUUAAAAUAUGUGAUGGAGAGCUAUAUUUCAAACCAUAACAGCAUAUUUAGAGCUUUUUUUUUUGAGAGUUUUUAAAUAAAAAAGAGGACGUUAAGCUAUUCCUCUGUUAAAAUUAUUAGUACUGAAAUGAAGCUUGGAAGUGAGAGAAAACUAUUAAAUGUUCUCUGAGAAGACUAAAUCUUUUCCACAUGAGUCAGCAUUGCCAUACUAGAUAUAACUUUUCAUUAUAAAAAAGGAAGUAUCCAUUAUUAUAGCAGACUGUGUGUGUUCUUGAUUCCUGGGGGUAAUGGUGGUGGUGGGAACCGACCACACGUUUAAAAGGCACUUUUGCACCUCUAUGGUGCACUUCAUUUUUGUACCACUUAAGUUCUUGCCCUCCCAACCCCCUUUUGUGUGCUAAUUAGCAUCUCAGGGCAAUGCCUCAAAAUUUUUCGAUGUGUUGUAUGUUAUUUUCUUUGGAGGGUGAAAGUUCUUUUGUGAUGAUAAUUUACCAUUCAAAAUGUACUUUCAUUUAAGUGUUUUCUUAGGAUGAACUCAUUUUGCUGCUUGUAAUAGGAAAUUCAUUUUGUGUAGCAGACUCUUAACCCUAACAUUAAAAAAUUUCACUGGUCUCUUACUGUCGUAGCAGUAAGCUCUCUUAAUUUCCACUUUGUUAAGGAAUAUACUUUUAUAGAUAACAGAAGCAGUUCUCAAUAUUAGCAUUAACUUUACAAAAUCCAAAUGAUAUUUUUCUUAUUUAGCUUUAGAACUAUUUCAAACAUUUUUAAUUAUAAUGCUUGCUUCUAGAGUACUAUGCAAUUAGUAUACUGCUCCAGCCACUUAUUUUUUAUUACUACAUUAAGAAAUUUAGAUUAAAGAAUAAAUUAUGUAAUUCAAAUAAUCUGAGUUAUACUAGCAUUUUUAGUGAUCAUCCAUCUGACCACAUAUUAAUUCCACUAAUCAGCUUUCCCAGGAAACAUAUUGAGUGUUAUCUGCAAAACACUGUUCUAGGCGAAAUACCUUGGAACUAUAAAGAAAUGACUAGAUCCUUGCCCUCAAGGAGUUUACAUUUGAGUAGAAUUUAUAAUCUAACACAUGUUAAUAUUAUAGCUGAAUCACUCAUCCAAAAAAAAAAAAAUAGCUGUCACCCUCCUACUGUCUGCCAGAUAAUUUUCCUGAAUAAGGCAGGUCUCUCUGUCCUAAAAAGCUCAUUUAUGCUUCCAUUAUUCACUUGAAAACUUCCAUUUGUUUUCCUCUCCCCAAAGUUAAAAAUCUCAUUCAAAAGAAAAUUUUGCUCAGCAUAGUAAUAAUAUAGGACUGAUGAGGCUCAAAUCUAUUCAGUAUGCUUGACUACCUUUAACAAAUGGCCUUUUACUACUCCUGCUAUAAAAUUAGUUUCCUGCUAUAUACAGACAGCUAAAAUUUAAGAAAAAUUCUGUUUCUUUGAAACACACUGCCGUUAAUAUCUAGUUUUAGCCAAAUGAUUAUUAUGCAUUAAUUUUUAAAAAUAAUUUCACUGCCCAUCUUUACUGGACAAGUUCAUAUGUGAAUUCAAUUUGUGAUUUCUGAAAGAAGUGACAAAAUUGGUUACAGGUUUUCUUUUUUAAUUUUGAAUUUCAUGAUGUAUACUUUUAAUUCAUAAAAUUUGAAUUAGAGGUAUAAGCCUAUAAUGUUUUGUUAUUUGUACAGUAUUAUAUUAGGAUUUGGUAGGAGAAAAUAUGUAAAUAUUUCAGUACAUAAAUGUUUCUCUUUUGAGGUUUCUCUUUGAAGGAACCUUAAAGAGUUUCAUACUUUUGCUUGCAGAUACUGCCGGUGAGAUGACCAUUUUGUAACUGAGUGAUCUAGUCCUCUCAUUAGUUUUUCUUUUAGGCAUUAGGAAGAGUUCUUUAUAGUUUAAAACUUUAGAAGCAUAAUUUUACUUUAUUUUCUUCAAUAAUGUGCCAUGAUUUUUGGAUUGUAUUUUUAAAUUCUAUAUUACUUUAGAAUAUGCUUGAAAUAUUUAAGGAUACAUUUUCUAAAUGUUGCGAGUAUAAUACUGUAUUGUUUUGUAGGUCAGAAUAGUUAAGUCUCAAGUGUUAGUUAUUACUGAUAAUCAGAAUGCCAUCAGAAAUGAUGAGAGGCAUUUGGUUCCACUUGAUUGUCAAAUGAACAUUUCUACUUUUGUUCACCUUCACUCAUUCUUUCCCUUUUACCUGCUUUAUGUGUUAACCUAGUGGCCUCUGCUCUCGUAUUUUUCCGGUUAUAUUACCAGCAGGUAGGAGUGUGCCAACUAGAAACACUCAGAUGUAUUGAAAUUAUAGUUGACUAACUUGCAUUUUAUUAGAUGGGGGAAAAUGUUGUUUGGAUUGAUGUAACAAAGAAGUGACUUUUUUCCCCUCCCUUAUCCAGCACGAAAUGUUGCUUUAUUUCCUCUACUGCCCUCUUUGUGGUGGUUGUCUCUCUCUUUUUCAAACGUAAGCAGGCUGAUUCCAUUUUCUUGAGCAAGAGUUUAGGGCAUUACUUCACCAAGGCCAAUUUCUACUGUACAAAACUGGGCCGAAAAAAAGAAAAUUUGGGAGAUGCCAGUGAGGAGGACAGAGAGGAUUACUCUUAAUUGUUGUAAAAGCCAUAGAGAGAUCUUCCUCUAGCCAGGCUGUUAAGAACUGUUACAUAAACCGGCAAGAACCAACCUUUGCUUCUUCAGAUCAUUUGAUUUUCCAUCAAGGGAGAUAAU